AUGAGACCUGAUGACAAAAUGACCAAUCCAGAUCAUUACGACAAUAUUGUAUGUACUGAAAUUCCUGACCCAACAAAGUAUCCUGAAAUGCACCAGUUGGUUGUCCAACACAUGAUGCAUGGUCCUUGCGGUCAUUUACGACCGUCCAGUCCUUGCAUGCAAGGUGAGCCAAAAAUCUAUCGUUUUAGAUAUCCUAGAGAAUUCAACGAUAAAACAUCACAGGCUGAGAACUCAUAUCAGUUAUACCGGAGGAGAAAUAUUGGAAGAGAUGUGAAUGUACGGGGCAAUGCACUGUAUAAUAGAUGGGUUGUCCCGUAUAACCCAAAAUUGUUAAUGAAGUUCAACUGUCAUAUUAAUGUUGAGGCUUGCUCAAGUAUAACAUCUAUGAAAUAUCUCUUCAAAUCUAUUUACAAAGGUCAUGAUAAACAAGUUAUGCAUAUAGAUCCAGACGAAAGACAAAAUGUUAUUAAUGAGAUUAAAAGGUUUCAAGAUGCGCGUUAUGUCUCCCCACCGGAGGCAAUGUGGCAAAUUUUUAGCUUUGCGCUUUCUCAAAUUCAACCUUAUGUGAUGGCUUUGCAAAUACAUUUCCUUAAUAAGCAGAUGGUUAGGUUCAGAGAUGAUGAUAUAAUAACAUAUAUUGUUGCUAGAGAGAGUGGUAAACGAACAAUGUUGACUGCAUUUUUCGACAGAAAUAAAGAAGACAAGAGUGCAAGAAAACAUGUAUAUAAAAGCUUUCCAAAACAUUACACAUGGAAUGAGAGCGCACGUCGUUGGAAUUAG